AUGCUGUACAUGAGUGGAUACGACCUGAAGAGCCGACAAUUACUCCUGUUUAUGAUAAUUUUAGCAGCCUGGGAGGCAGGGAGCGGCCAGCUGCACUACUCGGUCCCCGAGGAGGCCAAACACGGCACCUUCGUGGGCCGCAUCGCGCAGGACCUGGGGCUGGAGCUGGCGGAGCUGGUGCCGCGCCUGUUCCGGGUGGCGUCCAAGGAGCGCGGGGACCUUCUGGAGGUAAAUCUGCAGAAUGGCAUUUUGUUUGUGAAUUCUCGGAUCGACCGGGAGGAGCUGUGCGGCCGGAGCGCGGAGUGCAGCAUCCACCUGGAGGUGAUCGUGGACAGACCGCUGCGAGUUUUCCACGUGGAGGUGGAGGUGAAGGACAUUAAUGACAACCCGCCUGUGUUCCCAGCUACACAAAAGAAUCUGUUUAUUGCGGAAUCCAGGCUGCUUGACUCUCGCUUUCCACUAGAGGGCGCAUCAGAUGCAGACGUCGGAGCCAAUGCUCUGCUAACUUACAGACUGAGCCCCAACGAAUAUUUCUCGCUGGACAUACCACCCAACCACGAACACGUGAAACCUCUUGGGCUGGUAUUACGGAAGCCUUUAGACAGGGAGGAGGCCCCAGAGAUUUAUUUGUUGCUCACCGCCACUGAUGGAGGCAAACCCGAGCUAACUGGCACUGUUCAGAUACUCAUCAUGGUCCUGGAUGCCAACGACAACGCUCCCGUUUUUGACAGAACACUUUACACGGUGAAAUUAGCAGAGAAUGUUUCUUUUGGGACGCUGGUAGUGAACGCCACUGCCUCAGAUUUGGACGAGGGCGUGAAUGGAGACAUUACUUACUCAUUCUCUAGUGAUGUUUCUCCAGACAUCAAAUCCAAGUUCCACAUAGAUGGGGUGAGUGGGGAAAUUACAGUGAUAGGACUUAUUGAUUUUGAAGAAAGUAAAACCUACAAAAUUCGAGUAGAGGCGGUUGAUAGAGGGGCUCUGCCCCUGGCUGGUCACUGUACAGUUCUUGUGGAAGUUGUGGAUGUUAACGAUAAUGCUCCAGAGCUGACUGUCUCUUCCCAGUCUCUCCUUGUCUCUGAAGACACGCAGCCCGACACAGUCAUUACUUUGAUUCGGGUGUUUGAUCGCGAUUCUGGUACCAAUGGGCAGGUGACCUGCUCUUUGUCUCCACAUGUCCCCUUCAAGCUGGUCUCAACCUUCAAGAAUUAUUAUUCACUGGUUCUGGACAGCACCUUGGAUCGUGAGAGCACACCAGGGUAUGCUCUGAUAGUGACUGCGCGGGAUGGGGGCUCUCCUCCGCUGUCGGCCUCCGCCACCGUGUCGGUGGAGGUGGCCGACGUGAACGACAAUGCGCCUGUGUUUGCGCAACCCGAGCACACGGUGUUCGUGAAGGAGAACAACCCGCCGGGCUCCCACAUCUUCACGGUGUGCGCGCGCGACGCGGACGCGCAGGAGAACGCGCUGGUGUCCUACUCGCUGGUGGAGCGGCGCGUGGGCGAGCGCGCGCUGUCGAGCUACGUGUCUGUGCACGCGGAGAGCGGCAAGGUGUUCGCGCUGCAGCCGCUGGACCACGAGGAGCUGGAGCUGCUGCAGUUCCAGGUGAGUGCGCGGGAUUCUGGAGUGCCUGCCCUGGGGAGCAACGUGACUCUGCAGGUGUUUGUGCUGGAUGAGAAUGACAAUGCCCCCGCCUUGUUGUUGUCGGGGGCGGUCGGAAUAAACAGUGAGGUCAGUGAGUUAGUGCCGAUGUCAGUGGGCGUGGGCCACAUUGUGACGAAAGUUCGCGCUGUGGAUGCAGACUCUGGCUACAACGCGUGGCUAUCUUAUGAGCUCUCUUCCGGGACUGGCUCUGCACGCACCCCGUUUCGUGUGGGACUGUACACGGGCGAGAUCAGCACCACGCGUGCCCUGGACGAGACUGAUGCACCGCGGCAGCGCCUACUCGUGCUCGUGAGGGACCACGGGGAGCCUCCGCUGACAGCCACCGCCACUGUGCUCGUGUCACUGGUGGAGAGCGGCCAGGCUCCUAAGGCCUCUUCGCGGACGUAUGUGAGCAUCUCGGGCUCUGAGAAGGCGAUAGUGGAUGUGAACGUGUACCUGAUCAUCGCCAUCUGCGCGGUGUCCAGCCUGUUGGUGCUCACAUUGGUAUUCUACAUAGCUCUGCGGUGCUCAGCCCCAGGCACUGAGGGCGUUUGCGCCACUGGGAAGCCCACGCUGGUGUGCUCUAGCAUGGCGGGGACCUGGUCUUGCUUGCAGGAGAGGCGCCAGAGGGUGUGCUCUGGUGAGGGCCCGCCCAAGAAUGACCUCAUGGUUUUCAGCCCCAGUUUACCUCAGGGUCCUACCUCUACUGACACCGUGAGUAUUAAAUAA